CCCAUAUCAGGGAAAUCCAAUAGAACCCAAUUACCCGGCCCCCCUCUUCCUUCCCAGCACUCCAUCUUCGAAUCUUCAAUCUUCUUCGAUUCGCUCAACCCAAUUUACCCAGUUGAUCCCUUUCUCAUUUCUAUUAACUACCUGGAGACACUCAUUGACUUGGGUUAAUCUCCAAAUUAGGGUUUACGCCAUUUGCAGAGAAGAGUUUUGAGGCUUGCGAUCGCUGUUCAGGUUGGAACCACUGGUCUCCUGCAACUUAGUUAGCUUCAUCAUUGUUCUCAGGUCUUGUUGAACAUCCUUUGCUAUGGCAUCUAGGCGCAAUGUCCAGUAUAGCCGUCUUGCUACUGAUGAAGAUGAUGAUUAUAAUGGGAGAGGCGAUGACCGUCGGUUUGACUAUACGCCAAAGUCCUUUGAUAAAGUUCCGUGGAAAUCCAUAGGCCUUGCUCUUUUCCUGCUUUCUCUUGGAUCAUUGCUUCUCUUCCUUUCCUAUUUCAUUUUCACUGGUCACAUGGGAGGGGAUAUGUCCCAAGCCUAUGGCCUUCUAGCUCUAGGAAUUCUCACCUUCCUCCCAGGCUUUUAUGAGACGCGGAUUGCUUAUUAUGCAUGGAGAGGUGCAAAAGGGUACCGUUUUGCAUCCAUUCCGGACUACUAGGCUUUUGUUGUCUUCAAACUUUUGCGAAUAAUGCUGUAAUGGUGACACUUUCAGUUGACACGAUCAUGUACAAUCCACAUUGUAAAAAGCCACAUGAAUGGUAUUUGUAGCCUGUUUGUUUCUUUAUUGUCAAAUGACUUGUUUGCAAAGGCCUAGAGGUUGUAAACUGCAAUGAACGCCCCCUUAGUUCAUACUAUGAUAAAGAGGUUGUACUACUGUUCCGUUUUUGUAGCCCGUUCUGAAUCAAGCCUGUCUGAAUUUCGGUUUCA